CACCUCCUUUUGGGUCCCUCACUUUGUGUCCUUAUCUCCUACCUUUUUGUCCUUGUUCCUUUCCGGUCUGGUCCUCCUUCCCCACUUUUAUAGCCUACCCCCCCACUUCACUCACUCAUGUCUUCUACUACUUCUUCUUCGUCGUCAUCAUCAACUUCAACCCCAUAUGACGCUGUUGCUGCUGAUGUCCCUGGCCCUAGUACAAGGAGGACCGGUCAAUUUGAAGCAGCAGGCCCUUCUUCCUCUCGCCAACGUGCCAUGAAUGAGGUCUUGCCUGAGCCUAUUCUCGAAGCCUUGGCCACACAAGUUGCUGUUGAUGCUGCUCAAAACAAUGGUCGUCUUUCUGCUGCUUCUGCCCUUGCCAUUUUGUUUCAGGUAUGUUCCACGUGGCGGGAGGUGUCGCGCUCGGAUCUGCUGUGGCAGCGGCUCACAAGACGCAUCUGGAGACGCAGCUACAGGUUGCGCGCCACGUGGCAGUUGGAGUUCAUAUACUGGCAUCGGACGGCCAGGAACUUUGCGACAGGGAAUCUGUCGUCGAACGUGCCGCAGUUUGAUCCGGCGGAGCAGCACCAGAGCCUCAUCUGCCGCUGCCUCGCGCUCUCCGACACCCACCUCGCGUGCGGCUUCGUCGACGGCACGGUGCGCCUCUUCGACCUCGAAACCCUCGCCCACGUCAGCACCUACGUCUCGGCCCACGGCCACCUCUUUGGCGCGUUCUCGCGCUCCAUCUCGGGCAUCGUGAUGGUGAACUCGGUCAUUACCUUCGCCAGGCUGGACGGUGACGUGUACGUGGACUUCAUCAACGGGCCUGGGCCCAGCCAAGCGCGGCGGGCCGUGUCGGGGGACGUGGUGAUUAAUGGUGUGCUGGUUGGGUUUGCGGGGACUGCCCGGUGGUGGGUGGGCCUCUACGCGGGGAUCGCCGACCGGGCUUUUCAGAUAUGGGACGCGCGGAGCGAGGAGCGCGUGUUCAUGAGGGGCUCCUUGACGAACCCGGAAACGGUUAUGGGAUGGCACAUGCUGACAGAGUUGGUUGAGCCCGUGGGCCGCGUGCGCGUUGCGGAGCGGGAGUAUGUGGUGGCCUGCACGGGUUCGAGGCUGGUUUGUUUCAAUUUUCGGAACCCGGACGUUUUGUUGAGCAACGUGAGGUCCACGGCGGGGUUCGUGGUGGGGUCGCUGGAUUCGAGUCACGAGGCCUUCGUGGUGGUGGAGAGGAGCGGCUUGGGAACGGUUCGGCACGCGAGUUCGUUCCAGCGGUUGAGCCGGUUCCGGGUUCGGGGUUCUGUUCAAGGGUUGUUGGGGUGCAUGAACCUGGGCUAUGUUUUGACCUAUUCUCCUGGGCCUGGGCCUGGGCCGGGGCCUUUGUUGAGGGUGUGGGACAUUGAGCGCGCGGUGGGACGGUUGUGCGUGACGCUUGGAUUUGACGCCGGAGAGGCAAACAGCAUGGUGGCGAAUGAAAGACAUGUGGCCAUUUCUGGGAACGACAAUUCUAUUAACUUAUUGGAUUUUGGUGUACAGGAUCCUUAGGUUUUAGGUUUAGGUUUAGGAAUUAGGAGUACUGUGCUCACAUUCAUUCUAACUUUCAAUUCCUUUCUGUAUCUAUCUCACAAAAUCAC